UAUUAUUUGGGACAAUAUACAAUUGUUGCUAAGAGUCAUUUGAAAAAUAUAAUUUUACUGAGUAAAUGUAUGUAUUGGGUUCUUUUGAUAAGAGAUGAAAAGGCUAUGAAUUGAAGGUUAUUUGUUGAUGUAAAAAUGAGAUUUUCCAGAUUAAGGCUGUCAUUCGAUUUUUUUUUUUUGGGGGGGGGGGGGUCGUGAGAAAUGUUAAAAUAAGCUAUGGUUUAAAUGCCGGGAUGUUAUACUCAUUUCGGCUCAUCUAGUUGCAUUCGGUGUGCACACCUUUCCACUAUACAUUGGAAGAGGUGGGCUGCAAGGGAUUGGCUACUUGAAGAGACCUUGGGCCUAACAAAGCUACUUAUUUGGGAAGUUGCUAAAUAGUGAAGCUUCUGCAUGGCAUUUCAAAUGUAGGCUAAGUAGAGUUUGUACUCCUUAAAAUGAUCACGAGUAUUGCAUUGUUGGCUACAUCUUUGAAAACGGAAGUGUUAUUAGUUUUUUUUGGGGGGGGUGCAGUGGAAUUUCUGGCUUCUCAGUUUCUUGGCCAUCAGCGCUUUUAAAUGAAAUAAUAAAGCAUCUUUUGUCAGUGUGUCUGCACUAGGGACUCGGGAUGUGGCUGCAUUAUUGAUGUCAUGUUAAUCAGGCCUUUUGAUUUCAACAGAUUGGUAGCCUACAAAACAAACUAAUCUAGGGAUCAAGCCUUAGCAGUCAUUCAGAUCUUGUUCCCAAUGAUCAGUGCUUUGUUACUGUCCAGCGGUUCUGAAUUUGCGAUUCACCUGACUGUUUUUUUCUUCUUCUGUUCAAUAGGCUUUUGAUUUGAACAUUUUGAGUUCUUGUGUGUGUACUACACCAUUUGAUUUAAUUUUUAUAUGCUACAGCACUUUGAUUUCACUAAUAAAUAUUUUGAAAUUGAACUAAAUGAUCAGUUUCUGUCUUCAGUCCUUUUUAAAUGAGAGAUAUAACAUAUGUCAAACUCAUUCCAUAGAGUGACUGGGUUUUCGCUUCUCCCUUGUUAGUAAGGAACUCCCCUCACCUGGUUGUCCAGGUCUUAAUUCAACAGAAGAAAAAACAGCAGACACUAGGCUAUAAAUGGAAUGAGUUAUACACCACUGGGCUAUAUGGUCUACUGCAGUAUAGGUUGAAUGUGACAGGCCUACUGAGGCUGGUUAUAGAGAGACUAUAACUCCAUUCCUGAUUAGAGAAAUGAAUCAAAUUGGCUAUUAUCAGGUUGGUUAAUGCGAUUCAUUUCUGUUGAAUUUGGGGGGGGAAUCGACCCACAUGCAGCCCCACCCACUCGGCCAAUCAGUAGCCGCUACUGUGUUGUGGCACACUGCACACUUUUUACCGAACGGUACGUGCUAAAUAGUAUGUUAGCUAGUAUGGGUCUUUGGCCACUGAUUGUUGUUGGACCCUGAAUCAUACCAACCAUGGGGGGAGGGGUGUUCUAGAAUGAUCUCCCUUGAGAGUUCUUGUUAAACACCUCUCUUUCUGUGUCACUGUUUCAUCAUUGCUGUCCCCAUAGGCCAGGGUAGGUGGCUGGGACUGGGAGCUCCGAGCGACUGAUGUCCCUGGUGAACAGAAGUGUUGCUAAUAAUGGGCCGAGUGUAGCCUAGGCCUCCACCACCUUCCCCUAGUGCGGUCGUCUGACGGUAGUUAGAUGGUUCUAUUGGGCUCCAUGUUUUGUUUUCUCUAGCAUCUUUAUGGUUCGUUAAUUAAACCUGCAGUUGACCUACAGGAUCACUCAUAAUCCCCCAGUCCAGUGUGGUGUACUCAGAGGGGUUAAACUUCUCUACUGUACUAUGAGCCAGCCAAUAACACACUUUAUGUAGAGAAGGCUGCUGUUGAAACACUUACUCAGAUCAACAUUUUGUAGUUGGGUUUGAAGUUUAAGCCUGUGGAAUAUUUGCAGUGUUUGCUGAGCUAAUGACAGCAGACGGGUUGUCUGUAUUUGUAUGCGAGUCUCAUGGCAGAGCUGUUUGGGUGGCUUGUUGUGGUCGGCUUUGUGCCAUUGGUGGUGUGUGGGCCGUUAAUCAACUGCUCAAUGACACUGCAGUGUUCUACACACCAUACUACCCCUAUGGGAACCUCAGACUCGGCAAGGUGCCCAUAAGGCCAGUGAGAGGGGAAGGGAGAGGGACUGAGAGUGAGACAAAAGAGAGCUGUGACACAUCUUGUUAUGGCAACACUCACAUAGUGCUUGGUAGGCCUGACCAACAUCUAGUCCCAUUGUAAAGAGCAUAAGACGGUAUGUUUUUGUUAAAACAGGCCUACAUGCAGUGUAGGGUUUAACCUCCAAUUGAAAGGUACACAGUGACAUCAGCAUAUAUUUGAUUAUUCUAAUUGAAUGUUAAUGUAAAAGUCUGGCAAGUAUCUCAGGUGGUUCUCCUUGGAGACUGGAGGCAAUCUCUCUUCUGCAGGUCAUGCAAUCGACUCUGUAUUGCGUUUGAACUCUCCUGCUCUGUUCUGCCACCAAUGUUGAUUUGCCCUCUUGUGGUUUCAAAUGGUUCUCUAGGAGCAGAGGCGCAACAUUGCGAGACUUCCUGGAAAGCUUGCGAAACAGACCAGAAGUGAAAAUUAUUCACUUUGGAUGUUUAUUUUCUCUAAAUGUAAAGGCACAACCUAGAUACUUUCCAAACACUAGUUCUUGAAGCAAAACAUAUCGUUUAGAGGUUUUUUGUAUUGCUUUUGGGCCAAAUGUGAUCUGUGCUACAACCCUCAUGAUUAAUCAGAUCCACUGCAUUGUAAUAAACUAGGUCUAUAUCUGUUUCCUGGACAUGUGUAACAUAGCCCUGAUGAAUCACUCACUGUCAUCUCUCUUCUUAAAGGAUAAAGCGGUGUAAGGACUACUAUGAAGUCCUGGGCACCAGCAAGGAGGCCAAUGAGGAGGAGCUGAAGAAAGCCUACAGGAAACUAGCACUCAAGUUCCACCCAGACAAAAACCAAGCCCCCGGAGCUACAGAGGCCUUCAAAAAGAUCGGCAACGCGUACGCCGUGCUUAGCAACCCAGACAAGAGAAAGCAGUAUGACCUCACGGGGGCAGAGGAGCCGACCAGCCCUGGCCACGCCCACAGCCAAGGGUUUGACUUCCACCGGGGCUUCGAGGCCGACAUCACUCCCGAGGACCUCUUCAACAUGUUCUUCGGAGGAGGAUUCCCCUCUUCGGCUGCCCACACGUUCACCAACGGCAGGGCGCGAUACAGCCAGCAGACGGACCAAAGACGGGAGAGAGCAGAGGAGAGGGGAGAGGGAGGGUUCUCCAUGUUUAUCCAGCUGAUACCCAUCGUUGUACUCAUCCUGGUGUCCAUCUUGAGCCAACUGAUGGUGUCUACCCCCCCCUACAGCCUCUACUCCAGACCGUCCACGGGGCAGACGGUGAAACGGCAGACGGAGAACCUGCAUGUGGAUUACUACGUCAACAGAGACUUCAAGACAGAGUACAAGGGCUCCAAUCUGCAGAAGAUUGAGAAGAACGUGGAGGAGGAUUACGUGUCUAAUGUCAGAAACAACUGCUGGAAGGAGAGGCAGACGAAAACAGACUUGCUGUAUGCUGCUAAGGUCUACAGAGACGACCGCCUGCGUAAGAAGGCUGAGCUGAUGACCAUGGAUAACUGCAAGGAGCUGGACAGACUAAAUGACCUGUUCAGAGGGGGCUGAGCCCGCCCGAUGACGCAGGCUCCCACAGGACGCUUUUAGAAGAGAUAUAUGAAUAGAUAUAAUAUGUAUGUAAAUGUUGUUUUUUUAAGGAAAACCAUGGAGAUUGAAAGGAGGAAAAAUACAAAUAAUUAGCCUUACCGUUGACGUUAUAAGUUGUCCCCAUCCCUCCCCCAGUAUCCAUCUUUCCAUCCUCCUCACCACCCCCUCCUCCCUGGGAACUGCCUUGCUGCAUCUCAAUGAACCAACUGAAGAAUAGACCAACCUCUCAAAACACUUGAGAACCACAACUUCUUUCUCUUCUCUUUGCUUGUCUUUUUGUGUUUUCUGGAAAUAAGAGCCCACUCUGGAAAUGAACACUGACUGGAAAAAGCAGAAGGCAUUGUGGUGGUGCCUCGAGUAUUGAAGCGCCAAGCAUUCUGCUGUAACAAGCAAAUCACUGUCUUCUUCACUCUAGAUAACUACUUCACCUGCUUGACUUAAACAAGAUUUUUAGGCUCAUCUGGAGAUGCUGCCCUCCUUCCAAUCCAUACAUUAGCAGUGCUAGUAUUGUGAGGAACCCAGAGAAUGCUUCCUAGCUACCACAGUGGAACCCACAGUGGAACCUUGUGUGGAGUUACAUGGACCUUGAAGUUCAUUCCGCAGAUGAAGAAAUGACCACUGUCUCACUUGAACUUUUUUUGGCCUGGGAAAAAAUGUGAAGUCGGAACCAUAAUCUUCAUCAAUUGUAUAUUUUUCAUUUUGAAUGUUUGAAAAUUUAUGGAGUUAUUUAAGUAGAAAAACAAGGUUUUUCUUCAUUGCUCGAUUAAUCAUUUGAAUAAACAAUAAAUUAUUACCAGAA